AUGGAUGCUGCGUCUGUAACCAGCGCAGCCCAAAGGAAGUCCAAGCUAGAGAGGCAACGCGAGAUUAUGCAAAAGAAACGCCAACAAAAGCGCGCCCUCGAAAUCCACGCACUGCGCACCAAGUCGUUCAACUCCUUGCUCGACACUAACCCCGUGAGUCCGAGGCUAGCGUUGAAGACGCCGGCGCGCAGUCAGCAGAGAGGCGUAUCGGAGAAGUUUGUCGUUGCUUUCUUUCCAAUUCCAGCUUACGAUGGACCGCAGGCCUUUGAAUUGGGCAAUCCAGACCUCCUUGAUCCUCCGAUUCAAAUUCUACGAGUUAGCGAGGACAACACUGAUGGUGUAGCUCGUUCUGAUAAAUCAGUGAGAUCAGCGUCUGCCUUGACACAACGGGUCAGUUCGGCGGAUGCAGCUUCGAAAACCGCCAGCACCUACCAGGCGAUCCACAUUCCACCCACUCGACCAAUGAAAUUGCCCCUUCCCGUGUCACCGUUGGCAGGACCUGACAGACGAGCCCUCGUCGACAUCCACGAAGGCGAGAGAGAGGAGGGGGAGGAUGGAGGAGAGAAGAAGAGGGUGGUGGCGACGACGUCUACGACACGGGAGGCCGGUGGACGCAGAACGAAGACCACGAGAAAGCGGCAACCUGCGGCCGCACUCAGACCGCACAGUGCUGCCGAGGCGAUGCAUAGUUCCCGUGGCAAACAGGCCAACCUCAUCGAUCUCGAUGAUGUGGAUAUGCUUUCGGUAGAGGCGUCUCCGGCCUCCGCGAUUGCUGAUUGGUCGGUCACACCUUCUACGACCAGUGGUGUGUCGUUCCAUUGGCGUGAAAAAACACAACCAGACAGCUCGAGGUACAGAGAAGUAAGCGCUCAGAAGGCGGGCAGGCCAGUGAAAAGGCGGGUUAAGAAACCGAGCCCCGUAGAGGCACCUAGUGGCCCGAAAACAGGCACAAGUAAGAAGUCGCAAAGAACCCAGAAGCCGGUGAGAGUGAGACGUCAAGAGAAACCGCAGUCUAGGGACAUUCCAGCCAGGAUUAACAAACGCACGUAUAGGCACGAAAGCGGUCUUCGUGUGGACUCCACGGGUGACAAGGAAUCCACAGAAGUGAGCUCGGUGCUCCACGAUACCCCACGUAAAUGCCCACCUGCUGAAGUGCUCACGGGCCCGCAUCACACAGCCAGCAGGCCCGUGAAUGUGGAUGGCGAAGCUGUGGAAUCGAAGACCUCCCCAGCACGAACGGUCGAUGGUGAUUGUACGAAGAAGAAGAAGCCUGGGAAGCACGAUGUCGGCCUGACGGCGGACGUUGUUUUGGAGGGGUCAAGCCAGGGUGUGGACAAGGGCGAGGAGGGCGUCAGGUCAAAAAUAACGCGAAUUUUCAACGCUGGGGACGACGUGGAGGAGUUCGUGAGAAGUCCAGCUCCUAAAGGCGUGACAGUUCGCUGCCGGAUAAGCCGUGACAAGCGUGGUUUGGAGAGAGGCCUCUUUCCCAACUACUUCUUGCACCUCGAACGCGAGGAGGACAAUCGACGGUUUUUCCUCCUGGCAGCGCGUCGGAGGCGACGCGCAGCAGCCAACUGCAACUACGCCAUCUCCCUGGACGCCGCCGACUCUCUGGACUCUUCCAACUCCGACCACAGCCUCACUGUCGGCAGGCUGCGUUCCAAUUUCCUCGGUACGCGCUUCGUCCUUUCUAGCUGCAGGAAUUACAACCGCCACGACACCUGCUGCUCAGUUUCUGGUGGUUUGGGCGACAACUCAAAGGAGAUUGCGGCUGUGACAUAUGUUAGUCAGUUUGAAUCCUUACAAACAAACCUCAGUUUUGUUUUAAUGGAUAAAACUAAGAUUUCAAAUGAUAGUACAUGUUUUGAUGACCGGUGCAGGUAUUCCGAUUGUGGCAUUUCUACCUGCAACCACGAGAUUUCAACACACCUGAUGUAUGGUCCACGACGGAUGACGGUGCUGCUGCCGAGGGAGGAUGAACAUCGCAACCCACCUAACCCACACGUGCCAACAUCGAGUACCCAGGCGAACCUCAACGAGGUAAAUGCUUCCUCGAGCGUUAUUGAGCUUCAUAACAAACGACCAAUGUGGAAUGAAGGAACGCAAUCCUACGUUCUCAACUUCCACGGCCGUGUGACGCAGCCGUCAGUGAAAAACUUCCAGCUGAUCGACCAGGAGGACGAAUCGAACAUCCUCAUGCAGUUUGGCAAAAUCUCCAGCGACGUCUUCACAAUGGACUACACCUACCCGCUGACAGCUCUGCAGGCCUUCGGCAUCGCGAUUUCCUCGCUGACCGGCAAACUAGCCUGCGAGUAG